ACAAAAAUCCUAACUUUUCGUUCGACCGGGAAUUUCAAGUGACUGGAUGUCGUCAGACUACAAAGUAGCUACCGCGGUACCGGUAUCUAUGAUCGUGUCAUAGCCGUCUGUCUUUCAAAACAUUUUGACGACAAAGGCCACGCUCAGCACAGUGUUUCUUUUUCUUCUGUCUGGACUGCGUGAAGACCUCCAAAGGAAGCAGCGUGGAUAUCGUUUGGAGCAGCGGCUCACUGGAGCAAGGCAGCGCGUGGAGAUCAUGCACCACGAGCACAAGUAACAUAGUUACUUUCUACCCGACCGCUAAGUACAUUGUAGUUGUCAACACUGUUAGACCAUUAUAUUCGCACAUGCACCAUAUUCUACAUAACUGUCUUCAUUCACCACCUCCAUUCCGUGGUGCAUCGCGCUAGCUGCCUGGCUGCUUACAACAGUACUCAGUUGUAAGGGUUUGACCUGAGCUAGGGUCUAGUAGGGAUUACCAAGCGUAGCAUUGUAGUGCUAACCGCUAGUAACGGCAUUCACUGCACUGGUGAUCAUGGAUGACGAUAUAGUCGACCUGGAUGAGAUUGAGCGCACACUGCAAGAAGUGGAACAGGACCUGAAAUGCAGAACGAACUCAGCGGCUGCCCGGCACACAGGCUGUGACGAUGACCCAUUCGCUGCAUUCAGGCCGGGCGCCUCAAAGAAACCUGCAUCAGCUACAGUGAGUGCAGGCAAAGUUAAAUCUACUGCUGCAGACGCACGGGUCAGUGCAUCCACCGGCAAGCCGGGAAGCGACAGUAAGAAGUUCAUGAGCAACGACGACCUCUCUUUCCUGGACGAAGUGGAGAAGGAUUGUGAAGACCUGGAUACUAGUGUGGCCCAGCGCCCUGCAACUCAGACUCAGUCGGGCAAAAAAGCUAACUCGGUAGCGAAACACCGUGAUGGACAACGAGGCUGCUUCCCUGUGUAUGUUGGUGGUACCAGAAGUUCACUGGGAUACGACCCUUCCACUCCUGGGCUAUGCUGCAACAACUUGCUGUGUGUGGGCUGCGAUUUCACUGUAUUGUCGUUCGACGAGACCGCCUGGGCUAGCAGUGUGGACUACCUGUUCUUUCGUAACCAGAUGCCGGUAGUUGCUGAGCUGAAGAAGAAGCUACAACGUCAGAAAGGAAGUCGAGCGUACUGCUGCCAAUGUCGCUGGCUAUCGGUCAAGGACUUGACAGAUUUGCAAACUAUGCGAGACUUCCACUCAAAGUGGGUAUGUCGUAAACAUUGACUCGGUACCGCACCAUUGCUACAGGACUGGUGUUGCAACACUGUCUUUGAUACAGACAUGUAACUUGAACGGACCUGAGGCCUCCCAGCAAUUGCUACAUGGCUUACAUGCAUAGCAGGAGACGCCUCUACACCCUUGACUUUACCUCAUACCCAGAUUGUAUCUAAGUUAUUGCCAGCAUUUUCACUCCACUCCGAGAACAGAUAGUAGCUUUGCAGGUAACACUGUUCCUCAGACCAGUGUAUUCUGCUGCAGUAGCUCUGCAAUGCGCUUGCUUCUGGAAACCUGAGCUGCAGGUGUACACAGAAGUACAAUUCAUGUGUUACCUACAUUGUAUCAAUUUGUGUGUGUGUCAGCAGCUGUUGCUUGGCUCUUAGCGGAGCAUUUGGAUGCAGAGUAGAAGUUGCCAAGUUGCUCUCUACUCCAACUUGUCACUUGAUUUGAGAAGUUGUGCACACUGCACAGCCAUACAAUUGACCUCUAUAUUCUUACACAUUGUAGCUAUUGGCGCUCACCUGUGA